AUGGGCGACUACACCACAGAUGGACCACGGACAUAUCCCCUGCCGCCCCUGGCCAGGCAACAGAAAGUGCUGUCAGAAGACCUCAAGACUCCCGACAGCCAUGUACCCAGAGACCCGCGCCUCAUCCGGCUGACCGGCGUCCACCCCUUCAACGUCGAGGCGCCCCUCACCGAGCUAUACGACGAAGGCUUCCUGACGACCAAGGAUCUUCACUACGUCCGGAACCACGGCCCCGUGCCCCGUGUGGAGGACGCCGAGAUCCUCGACUGGGAGUUCUCCAUCGAGGGCAUGGUGGAGAACCCGGUCAAGAUGACGCUCAGAGACCUCCUCAGGGACUACGAGCAGGUCACGUAUCCGGUGACGCUGGUCUGCGCAGGCAAUCGGCGCAAGGAGCAGAAUGUCGUCCGGAAGACAAAGGGGUUCUCGUGGGGCGCCGCGGGCCUGUCGACCGCGCUGUGGACAGGCGUGUCUCUGUGCGAUCUCCUCAACAGGGCGGCCCCGAGGCGUGGUGCGAGAUAUGUGUGCUUUGAGGGUGCGGACAAGUUGCCGAACGGAUACUACGGGACGUCGAUAAAACUGAACUGGGCAAUGGAUCCGAACCGGGGAGUGUUGGUGGCACAUAAGAUGAACGGUGAUGUGCUCGAACCGGACCACGGCAAGCCCCUGAGGAUCAUCAUACCGGGCCAGAUCGGCGGGCGAAGUGUGAAGUGGCUCACCAAAAUCACGGUGUCGAAUAAGCCGAGUGACAACUGGUAUCACAUCUACGACAACCGCGUGCUGCCAACCAUGGUUUCGCCAGAGGCCAGUGCAAACUUGCCAGAUACCUGGAAGGAUGAGCGGUACGCUAUCUACGACCUCAACACCAACAGUGCCACCGUCUAUCCGGCGCAUAAUGAGAGUUUAUCUCUCACGAAUGCUUCAGAAAGCUACAAAUUUCGAGGAUAUGCGUACGCCGGAGGCGGUAAAAGGGUGACCAGGAUGGAAGUGACCUUGGACAAGGGUAAGACCUGGACACUGGCCAACAUAUCAUAUCCAGAAGAUCUAUACCGAGAGGUAUUGGAGGGCGAGAUGUUAUUUGGGGGCAGGCUGGAUGUAUCAUGGAGGGAAAGCUGCUUCUGCUGGUGUUUCUGGGACCUAGACAUCCCCAUCACACAACUACAAACAGCCGACGACAUCAUGGUCAGGGGCAUGGAUGACUCGAUGAUGGUGCAGCCCAGGGACAUGUACUGGAGUGUACUAGGAAUGAUGAACAACCCGUGGUACAGAGUUGUCAUUCAUAAGGAGGGCCAUAGCCUUCGAUUCGAACACCCUACACAGCCCGCUUUGAUGCCCGGCGGGUGGAUGGAGCGAGUGAAGAAGGCAGGAGGUAAUCUCAGCAACGGUAACUGGGGAGAGAAACAAGCCGGCGAAGAGGCACCAGCAAUGGAGGAAGAAGACCCAGCUCAAGCUAUAUGCAUGGUGAACAAAGACGUGAACAGAAAUAUAACUGUGGAAGAACUGAAGAAGCACGAUGGAGAGACACAACCCUGGUUCGUGGUAAACGGCGAGGUAUAUGAUGGUACAAAGUUCUUGGAGGGUCACCCAGGAGGCGCGGCAUCAAUCAUCGGGGCAGCUGGGCAGGACGCAACGGAAGAGUUCAUGACCAUCCAUAGCGAGAACGCCAAGGCCAUGAUGCCCGACUAUCACAUCGGCAGCCUCGAUGAGAAGGCCAAAGCCCAACUUGCAGACGACGAGGUCAUUGUCGAGGACACCCAGCCACGCGAGGUCUUCCUGCAGGCCAAGACUUGGUCCAAGGCAAUCCUCACAGAGAAGCGUAAGGUCUCCGCCGACACCAAGAUAUUUACCUUCACGCUCGACCACGCAGCGCAGACGGUCGGCCUGCCGAUCGGGCAGCACCUCAUGAUGCGGCUCCGCGACCCGGUGACGCGCGAAGCUAUCAUCCGGGCGUACACGCCCAUCUCCGAGGGCACCGGGCGCGGUGUGCUGCACGUGCUGAUCAAGAUCUACCACGACGCGCCGGACCGCAAGGGCGGGCGCAUGACGCAGGCGCUCGACGGCAUCCCGCUCGGCCACUUUGUCGACUUCAAGGGCCCCGUCGGCAAGUUCGAGUACCUGGGCCGUGGCCGGUGCAGCAUCUCCGGCAGGGAGCGCCGCGUGCGCCGCUUCGUCAUGGUCUGCGCGGGCAGCGGCAUCACGCCCAUCUUCCAGGUGCUGCGGGCGGUCAUGAAGGACCGGGAUGACCCAACGUUCUGCCUCGUGCUGGACGGCAACCGCGUCGAGGAGGACAUCCUCUGCCGGCCGGAGCUGGACGCCAUGGUCCGCGGCAACGAGUACAGGUGCCGCAUGCUCUACACACUCAGCCGGCCGACAGCAACCUGGACGGGCUUAAAGGGCAGGAUGGACCACACUUUGUUCGAGCGUGAGGUUGGGCGGCCCCUAGGCACGGGUGAGGACCUUGUGCUGAUAUGUGGGCCGGAGCCUUUGGAGAAGAGUGUUCGCGAGAUCUUUACGACGAGCUUGGGCUGGAAAGAAGAUGAUCUAUUGUUCUUCUAA